AUGACUGCAUCAUCUGCAUCAACUACUGAUGUGGUAAUCAUCGGCUCCGGGCCAUCAGGACUUAUGGCAGCGUUAUGGAUGGCGCGGAGCGGUGUGAAAACACGCAUUAUCGAUGCCCGCGCCACGAAGGUGUUUAGAGGCCAAGCCGAUGGAAUGCAGACUGGAACACUGGAUAUCUUUGACUCCUUUGGCAUUGCAGACGACCUAUAUAAGAACGCUGCUCCUGCAAUGGAGAUGACAUUCUGGGCUGGGAGCAAGGACUCCCCCUUGAAACGCGUCGCUCGCCUUCCAAAAUGGUAUCCUGAACUCGGCCAGUACCAUCUGGUCCACACUAGCCAAGGAAAUACCGAGCGUGCUUUGCUGGAUGGCAUGAAAGCUUUCAACGGACUCGAAGUUGAACGGGGGGUUAUCGCGUCAGCUAUUGCUAUUGACGAGUCUAGCGUACAUGAUCCUCAAGCUCAUGCAAUUACAUUGACUGUGAAACACCUUACGGACGAAGAAUUGGCUUCAUCUUCCAGCAAGUUCACUGUUCCACAGCCUGGGGAUUUCAACUAUACCCUAGCAGACGAGCCAUAUUUGAAGCGCAAGGUUACCGGGAAAGAAGGGAGUACUGAAACUAUCAAGGCGAAGUUUGUGAUCGGCACCGAUGGAAGCCGAAGCUGGACCCGCCAAGCUCUGGGUUUCGACUUCCUUGGAGAUGGAGAUGAUAAUGGGGAUGAGAGUAUGGGAGGUAUUUUGGACUGCGUUGCGACUUCAAACUUUCCGGAUAUCCAUAUUCAAUCGAUGAUUGCCAAGGACGGGCGCGGAGCGGGAUUCGUACCAAGGGAGAAUGGGUUGUUGCGCAUUGCAGCUCCCGUAGCUAAUAAGUCAGAAGCAACCCCAGAAGCCAUCAUCAAGUCAUUGAAAGAAAUUCUUUCUCCGUAUGAGCUCAAUGUCACUCAUGUUGAUUGGUGCGGAGUAUUUGGUACCAGCCGUCGAGUCGCAAGCUCUGCUUCGAAACACUCGCGCAUUUUCCUCGCUGGGGACGCACUGCAUGUCCAUUCACCCAGGGCCGGGAUUGGUAUGAACUUCAGUAUACAAGACGCCUAUAACCUCGGGUGGAAAAUUGCACAUGUUGUCAAGGGAAUUUCUCCACUUGCUAUUCUGAAAACAUAUGAUGAAGAGCGCGGAUUGACGAGCAAACAGCUUAUCUCUUUCGAUAAGGCUCUGUCGGAGCAGUCGCCCUUGGGAGCAAACUUUUCGGUUAAAGGAACCCGUCAAGGACUGCAGGACAAUCUCCCAUUUUCAAGCACUACGGCAAUCGAGUACGAGGCUGGAUUGCUUGUCGCCAAGGAAGGUGGCACGGUUAAUUCCAAACAGUAUUUGGCGCCUGGCAUUCCUGUGGGCAGGCGCCUGCCCUCGCAGACCGUGGAACGACAUGCGAACGGAGAACCGGUUGGGUUUGGAAAAUGCUUUCCUAGUGAUGGUCGGUACCGGAUUGUUGUCUUCGCGGGCAAUAUAUCGAACCCAGAGCAGCUGCGCCGUGUGGAACAUCUUAGCAAGAUGCUGAAACUCCCUGAAGCUUUACUCCAGCGCCUCGACGGGCGUGCUAUCGCGCCUCAAGAUGUAUAUGAAAUUCUUAUCGUGCACAGCGCGAGCAGGGAUGAUGUCGAAGUCACUGACUUACCCCCAUUCCUUCUCAAGCACAGUGACCCUUUUGAUCAUGUGUUCGUCGAUAACAAUCAAUCACGGACUUGGGCUUUAACCGAUGCAUAUGGCAAGUAUGGGAUAAGCCAAGACAGAGGAUGUCUUGUUUUAGUCCGGCCUGAUAGGCAUGUUACGUAUAUUGGCGAGUUGGAAGAUGCCACCGAGCUGGUUCAACUUAUAUCCUCAAUUUUGGAUUAG